AUUGAAACUUUUAAAAAACUUAUUUUUAUUAAAAAAAAAAUAACAAAGUAACCCCUACUUUUUUUUUCUUUUCUUUUUUUUUAAAAAAAAUAAACCAAUUAAAAAUGAAAUUCUCACCAAUUUUUAUUAUUUAUACCAUUUAUUUCACCACAUUUUUAUUCACUAAAAAUCAAGCAUGUGAACAAAGUUGUCGGGAUGGUAUCUCAUUAGCAUUUUGUAAUAGUUAUACACAAGAAUGGAAUCCACUUUUUGAUACUCUUGGUUCAAAUUUAACGAAUAAUAUUUAUACUGGAUUAAAUGUUAAUAUUGAUCAAGUUAAAAUUUUGGUUGAUACAGCAAUUUUAAAUCAAGUUAAUAAAUCAAAAACAGAAUUUUCUAAUAAUUGUAAAGAUAUUGUUGAAGAUUCAAUAUUUUCAAAAGAUCCAAAAUUUAAAGGACAAUGUCAAAAACCUUUAAAAGUUAUACAACCUAAACCUGGAGUUAAUUGGACAUUAAGUGAUUGUGAACAACAAGAUUAUAUUUGUGGAAAUCCUCCUUCAAUUUGUCAUUUUAUGAAUGAACAUGUUAAACCAAGAAAUGUUGAAUUACUUAAAGAAGCUUUAAAUGAUCGUGUUUCAGAUAAUGGAAAUUUUACAAGUUCACUUAUUAAAAUUACUAAUAAAGUUAUUACAAAUUCUGAUUCUUUUGAGAAAAAUCAAACAAAGGAUUUUAUGGAUAUUGUUACAAUGAAUAUUAAAUUUGAAUUAAAACAAUUUGCUACCACUUUUAAUAAUAGUUUUUGUAUCACUGAUUCAAAUUCUACAACAACUUCUUGUGAUAAAUAUGAUUCAGGAAUCAAAUCUCUUCUUUUAUCUUUUCCUUAAAAAAAUUUUUUUUAAAAAAAAAGAUUAUAUAAAUAGGGGUUACUACAAUUACACCUUUCUUUUUUUACAUUAAAUCCGCUUUUUUACCUUUUUUACCUUGUUAGUUCGAUUCUAAAAAAUUUUUUUUUUGAUAUGGACUUUUUUAAAAAAACUUUUUUUUUUAAUAAUAUCUUUGCUGGGCAAUGAUAUCAAAUUUAAAUGUAGUAAAUGUAGUGUAAUUUUUUUAUAUAUAUUAUAUAUAUUGUAGUUUAAUUUUAUUACUUUUUUUUUUUAAAUAAAAUAAAUAGAUCUUUU